UCAAGUCCUUUCAUUUGGACUCGUUUUAAGAGUCGUAUAUAUGUUGUUUAUGACUCUUUAUCUUCUUUUAUUUCACAGGUCAGUGCAGACACAGUAGUGAUGAACGUCGUUCUUACGCCUCCACUCCCAGCAGAGCCUUGACCACCUCCACAGGUCUGUGGUCCCACGGCAGCCAUGUGACCAUGUCCUCAAACAGGUCGAUGUCCCGGACCGAAAGCAUCAACGCAGUCACGCCGUCACCGUUUGGAGCAUUCACAUCCAAACUGUCUGCCCCCGUCUGGAGUGUGGACACAGGCUGCCUGCAGCAGCUGAGUCUGAGGAGGCAGAUCAGGCCUCCGCAUCCACUCCAACAUCUUUCUCUGGAGCUCAGGUGGGCUAACGUGCAGCGCCGUCUCCUGGUUGGAGUCGCACAAGGUCACAUCAGCCCCGGAGGUCAACAGCUGCUGCACCAUCUUUGGAAACAGCAAGAGGAUCUGACGCAGCCAGGUGACGGGCUUGUAACACCCCAAGGCUCCACCAACCACAUCCGGGCAUCCCGAGUAAAAGACCUGGUGGCGAUGGUGCUCAACCAUGAUAAGGGUCGAUGGGAACUGAAGCCAAUCCCAGCAGCCGUGGGCGAAUGCAAGCGGUUCCUCUGGUCCCAGAUCGGCGCCUCCCGUUGCGCACAACACGGUCCACGUCAGUUCCAAACACCUCAGCAACCGCAAAAAAAAAAACAAAAAACCAACAACCCCAAAUUUAGCCGCAGGGCAGGUUUCCACGCUCCGGUUUGACGGCUCAACAUGUUUGGGGGUAACUUAGGUAUAGAGCAGGAGGAGGGGCCAGUCCUGCCCCCCAACACUGGUGUUUUACGCAAGGUGUGAGGCUGCAGAGGUUUCCAGCACAGUGACUAAUGCCCGGACAGCAGCAGCAGCAGCAGCAGGGACCAAUGCCGUGUCUUCUCCCACUCUGAGCUGCAGUAAGUUUGCUCUCCUCUUCACCUCCAUCACAAACUUCGGUCCGGGGAUCAUUUUUGGACGGAAUGGGAUCUCAGCUCGGAGCAUCUCUGUACAGGCAGACGCUUCUGUGGCUGAUCGUAGUUUCUCAGUGUGAGUUUUCCCUGGAGUGUGGCGCCCACUACGAAUAUGCCAUCGAAGAGUUCUGUCUCGCCAAAUUCAAGUUGGACAUGCAGGAGCUGGACCAGAGACAGUGGUGUAGCUGGGAGGACACAGUAGAGCUCUACGGAGACCUGACAAACUGCACCUACCUGGUGGCCCUGAAGAUGGACUGCUUCUGGCCCAACAGGCUGGUGGACGAGUUUUUCAUCCAAGUCCACAAGCACUACUUCCACGACUGCUCGCUCUCUGGACGACUCCUCAGGGAUCCGCCCAACCGCAUCCUAGGACCCUUCAUCGUUGUGCCGGUCCUGGUCACUCUUCUCAUGACAGCCCUGGUGGUGUGGAGGAGCAAGCGCAGCGAGGGGAUAAUGUAGUGGCAGAAGAAUGGGACGGGUGGGGGUGAAAGUGGGGGAGAGGGUUCAGACGAUUCGAGUGACUUGGGUCGUGAAUCAUCUUCUUUUUUUUCUUUUUUUUUUCAUUUUUGAUUUGGACACAGCUGCUUGACGACAGCUUCAGGGGACGUUGGACAGGACGCUUCUCCACGACUUCAGUCAAACUAUUGAAUCUGACGCCUCGUCACUCGAGUCUUACUUUUAUUCAAGACUUUAACCAAGUGCCGACCACGGCGGUAACUGUUUAACAGGACGAUGAAAAUAUUCAACAUUCUUCACACGGACGAAGUGCUGUAAGAGGAUCUACACUAAGACAUAAUGCUG